AUGUUCCCCUUAUUCGACUCCGUGGUGGUUCUAGUCAAGAUACUUGGUGCCGCAGGUGUGGCCCUUGUAGUCAUAUCAUGCUGGAUCUUCUGUCCACCCUAUCACCCAAGAAACAUUCCUGCCGUGCCUCUUUGGGUGACUCUACUGCCGUUUAUCUACGACGUUGACCAGGAAUGUAUGUACAAGAAAUACAUACAGAAACCACUGCUUGAGCAUGGUGCUGUGAAGAUCUUCUUUGGCGGCCAGUGGAACGUCCUGGUGCAACGGUCAACGUAUCUAGCGGAAGUAUUUAGGAAUGAAGAAACAUACCAGAAAAGCGGAAACCAGAAGAAGAUACCACACAGCAUUCUUGCUGAAUAUCUCGGAGACAACAUCAUCUCUUCCCGUGGAGACGACUGGAGGGUCUAUAGAGAAGUCAUCAAGCCAGCACUUCAAGCAAGGUUUGAUGGUGAAUCGAUUGCCAAGAACGCCCGUCAGCUGUGCGCGCUCCUUAGACAGUCCCAGGUGGAAAAUGGGCAAAGGGGAUGUCUUGUACAAGACAUUCUGCAACGCUACUCGAUUGCAAACAUCGCCACGGUCAUAUUCCGGACGGACCUCGGAAUUAUGCAAAAUCCACAUGUUCAUCUGCACGUACUGCUGCAGCAGGUAAAACGAGAAAUAUUCCAGCCUAUCUUCCUCAACUUUCCGGUCCUCGACCAGCUUGGGAGUCUUUUUCCGAGCCGCGUGCGGGCCCGGCAGCUCGUGGUACGAUUCUCAGAGGAACUGCAGCGGAUCCUCUACGAAAGUCGCGGGAAAUCGUCUCUACCUUCCGGGGAACCGAAAACUCUUGGGGACCGGCUGGUCUCCGCACGGGAGCGCAACGUUCUGACCCAGAAGCAGUUUCGCGAUAACUUGAACGUGGUCUUUGUAGCCGGGCAAGAGAAUCCUCAGUUGGCCAUGAUUUCAACCUUAUAUCUCCUGGGAAAGUAUCCGGAGGCCCAAUCUCGCCUAAGGAGAGAAGUAGAUGAGUGUGGUUCAGGUCGCCCAAUAGAGGCCAUAUGUAAUGAACUCCCAUAUCUCACGGCUGUCGUCUACGAGAGCAUCCGUCUAUUCCCACCGAUUUCACAACUUAUCAAUCGGCGUGUAUCCCAAUCGGGAACGCUAGGCUCACGCAUCUACCUGCCGCAAGGGACAUACGUGGGCUAUAACUCGUAUUCGACAAACCGCGAUCCUGCCACAUGGGGUCUGACGGCAGACCAAUUCCUUCCUGGGCGCUGGGGAAGCACGAACGAGCAGAUCUCCAGACGGCUGCGCGUGGCGAAAGCCCGUGCCGAAUUCAUUUCCUUUCACGGCGGUGGCCGCGCUUGUCUCGGUGAAAAAUUCGCAGUGAUGGAGAUUAAGGUGGCUCUUGCUACGCUGGUCCGGGAACUCAGCUGGACGCUUGAUCCGGAGUGGACGGACAGGAUGACACCGGUAAGCAGGCAGAAGAAGAAAAAGCCCUAG